GAAUACAUGCCCACAAUGAAUCACAGCUACACCACCAGGCCUGAGCCACUGAAGUGCACAGGAAGCAUUGACACUUUAGAACUUAGCAUCUCACGUGCAAUGGUCUUUGCCAUUGAGGAGAUUAACAACAGUACAAAGCUGCUGCCAGGCAUCAGGCUUGGUUAUCAGAUCCAUGACUCAUGUGCUUCAGUGACCUUGUCAGUGCAUGCAGCAUUCCAGCUUUCUAAUGGUCUGAACCCUGUGUUUGAUACCGACGACUACUGUUCUAAAUCUGGUAUGGUGAUGGCUGUUGUUGGUGAGUCUGGUUCCACACCAUCCAUCAGCAUUUCACACAUCAUCGGGUCCUUUAAUAUUCCUCUAGUGAGUCACUUUGCCACUUGUGCAUGCCUAUCUGAUAAGCGUCAGUACCCGAGCUUUUUCAGAACAAUCCCCAGUGAUCGGUUCCAGGCUGCGGCACUGGCCAAACUGGUGAAACACUUUGGAUGGACUUGGAUAGGUGCUGUCCGGUCAGAUUCGGACUAUGGGAAUAAUGGCAUGGCAUCUUUUCUGGAUGCAGUGCACAAAGAGGGGAUCUGUGUUGAAUACUCUGAAUCUUUCCAUCGGACCCACCCACGUAGCAGGAUCCAGAGAGUGGCUGAUGUUAUCCGCAGGUCAACAGCUAUGGUUGUUGUGGCAUUUGCAACCUCUGGAGACAUGAGGCUCCUGCUGGAGGAGCUGUCUCGUGAGCCUUCCCCACCUCGCCAAUGGAUAGGCAGUGAGGCCUGGGUAACCCACCCAGAAAUGCUGAGGUUCACGUUCUGUACAGGAGCCAUGGGAUUUGCCAUUGAGAAAUCUGUUAUCCCAGGUCUGAGAGACUUCUUGCUGGAUCUCUCUCCCACUAAAGUGGCAGCUUCUCCAGUUCUGACUGAGUUCUGGGAGGAUGCAUUCAACUGCAGGCUGGAACAAAGUGCUGCCACAAACAGGAGGAUGUGUGAUGGAAGUGAAGACAUACAAAAGCUCCAGAACCCGUACACUGAUACAUCUCAGCUCCGAACCACUAACAUGGUGUACAAGGCUGUUUAUGCAAUAGCGCAUGCCAUUCAUAACACAGUGUGUCAGGAGACUAAUUCUACUACUCAGUGUGAUAAACUCACCAGGAUUGAGCCCAAACAGGUUGUUACUCAGCUGAAGAAAGUAAAUUUUUCCCAAAAUGGUUAUCAUGUGUCAUUUGAUGCCAAUGGGGAUCCUGUGGCCACAUAUGAGCUGGUUAACUGGCAGAAAAGUGAGCGUGGCAGCAUUGUGUUGGUGACCGUAGGGUAUUAUGAUGCAUCACUGCCACUGGGCCAGGAGUUACAUAUCAACAGGAACCUCACCUGGGCAGAGGGCAGCACACAAUGCAUCUCUUGUGUUCUGGGGAAAACUAUAGUGGUGUUAAUGGCCUUCAAAGCGACACUUCCAGGCAGUAAUGUGAUGAAAUGGUUUGGUCCUCCACAGCAAAGAAUGACUGUAGUGUCUUUCACGUUUAUCCAAGUGUUAAUAUGUACUAUCUGGUUGGUUGUUAGCCCCCCUUUUCCAAUGAAAAACCUAACCAUAUACAAACACAGAAUCAUCCUGGAGUGUGCAUUGGGCUCAGCUGUUGGGUUCUGGGUUGUGCUCGGGUACAUUGGCCUACUGGCUGUCUUUUGCUUUGUGUUAGCCGUCCUAGCCCGGAAACUACCUGAUAACUUCAAUGAAGCCAAGUUUAUCACGUUCAGCAUGUUGAUAUUCUGUGCAGUCUGGAUCACUUUUAUCCCAGCAUAUGUCAGCUCUCCUGGGAAGUUUACUGUGGCUGUGGAGAUAUUUGCUAUUCUGGUCUCCAGUUUUGGUUUAAUACUGUGUAUAUUUGCUCCCAAGUGUUUUAUCAUAUUGUUUAAACCAAAGAAGAACACCAAGAAACACCUAAUGAAUAAAAAUAUCAGUCUUAAUACAUUUUCUGAAAUUUGGUCCUCGGUGCACCAGCAGUUCGUCCUUCCUGAGCUUCUCUCACACAUACCAUUGAAGGCUCAUCUGGUCUCGGUAGACAUUGCUUGGGAAAGUGGUGUAGCUGUGGAUGGGCCCCUGGGUGGCCCUGGUGGUGUAGAUGAUCCCCCCGGCCGGUCACAGCCCUUCCCUGCCAGCAGUGUGGAGAGCCACAGCCAGGCAGAGCGUAGCCAUAGGCACAUUCACCAUGGCCCCCCACUCUACCAGCAGGUCAAGGCUAAUGAUUCAUGGAUCUUGAAUGUUGGCCAGACUGAACUGGUGCUCAACGGUGUGGCCAACAACAGUCAUUUUGAGUAUCCUUUCUCCCCCACGUCUUCACACUCUCACCAAUGA